CUAUGCAGUGAAUAGCCCUAUUCAACUACUGUUCUAAUCCAUAUUAUGGCAGGAACCACUCAACUAAGUAAAGAGAUUUCAAGAACUUUGAAUGUAUCUUCAAGUACAGUCAUGAAAACCAUCAAAUGCUAUGAUGAAACUGGCUCUCAAGACUCACAAGAAAAGAGUUGUUUGGACCAAGAAACACAAGGAAUGGACAUUAGACCAGUGGACAUUUGUAUUUUGGUCUGAUGAGUCCAAAUUGCCUCCUCCUGUCUUUCACAAAGACACAGGAGGAGGACUCCAUGGAUUGAACUUGUUUUUUCAGCAUAUCCCACAGAUGUGUGAUUGGAAUUAAUUCUGGAGAAUUUGAAGGCCAAGUCAACACCUGUCAUGUUCCUCAAACCAUUCCUGUACAGUUUUUACAGUGUGACAGGGAGUAUUGUCCUGCUGACAGAGGCCACUGCCAACAGGGAAUAUUGUUGCAGUGAGGAGGUGUACGUGGUCAGAAACAAUGUGUAGGUAGGUGCUGCAUCAGUGUAACAUCCACAUGCAUUGAGGACCCCAAGGUUUCCCAGUAGAACAUUGCCCAGAGCAUCACACUGCCUCUGCCGGCUCAUCCUGUUCCCAUAGUGCACCUUGUUGUUAUCUCAUCUUCAGGUAAAUGAUAUGUGAUUCAUCAGACCAGGCCACCUUCUAUUGUUACUUCAUGGUCCAGUUCUGACACCCACUUGCCCAUUGUAGACACUUUUGGUGGUGGACAGGGAUUGGCAUGGGACCUCUCAGUGGUCUGCGGCACACUGCGGCUAAAUAUUUUAGAUAUCCGCAGCUAACUGCUGAUAAAAAUACAUUAUAUAGCUGUUUAAGCCAAAUAAAUACAUAACAAUAUUUUAUACUUACUUUGUGAGUUUUCACGAGACUCCAACUGCUUUCAGGUUUCAGUUUAACCGCAUUAAAAGAUUUUGAUAACAGUAGCCAAACUCUCAAACCAGAAACUAAUUUGUUGAUGUUUAAGCAGACACUUACCUUCACUUAUCUCACCUCAGCACCAUGAGAAGUAGAUGAGGCAUGAUGCUGCUGAACAUUCUAUUGGCCAUCAAGCUAGUGGGUUAACUGAAAAUAUUACUUCAUUAAUAUUAAGUAUCAUUAACCAAUACCCACUCACUGUCAUACAACUCAGAAAGGGAGGGAUAGACACGAAUCCUUUCUACUGCUUAAAGAAUUUGAUACUAAAUGGUCACAUUCUUGAAAAAUGCAGAUUGUCCAGCAGAGGGUGACAGGUGACUACAGACAAAUUUGAAAACAAUCUUAAUAUAUAUAUAUAUUUUUUAAGUACCACUGUGCUUACACUGUGCAUUCCAACCAGGGCAGUUUAAAUGACCUAAAGCAGGCAUUAAAUGCCCUGGUCUCUCCAUUUGGCUAGCUCCAGGAAGAAUCCUUGUCAUCCCAAACUUCCUCCAUGUAAGAAUUCUGGAGGCUACUGUGCUCGUGGGGACCUUCAAUGCAGCAGGAAGUUUUCUGUAGCCCUCCCCAGAUCUGUGCCUCAACACAACCACCUCUGAGCUCUGCAGACAGUUCCUUUGACCUCUUGGUUUUUGCUCUGAUAUGCAUUGUCAACUGUGAGACCUUAUAUAGACAGGUGUGUGCCUUUCCAGAUCAUGUCCAAUCUAAUCAAUUCACCUAAGACUAAGAAAGAGUUGCUUUCAUUUAUGGGGAUGGCAAAUUACUGCAGACGGUGGAUUUAUGAAUGUGCUGCGUUCUGUGUCCAAACAUAUGCGGGUUAACUGGUGACUCUGGUGUUAAUGUGAGUGUGACUGGUUGUUUGUCUCUAUAUGUCAGCCCUGUGAUAGACUGCUGAUCUGUCCAGGGUGUACCCUUAAGGGAUAAGUGCUUGAUGGGCAGUGUAUCAAACCACUGAUUAAUAACAAUAGAUUUAUUAUUCUAAAGCACAAUAAUGCUAGCUUCAACCCAUAAUGACAUCAUCCUUAAUUUCAUUGCAUUGGUGUGCAUUGUUUUACUGCUUACUAACAUAGACUCUGUGCUUGAAAAUAAUGAACUAACAACUUAUAACAUUUAUGUACACCAUUUCAUUUGCAUUCAAAUGGAUGAUAACAAAUUUAUACUUAGCCUACCUUUUCCAUUUACACACCAAUGGUCGUCCUCUUAAUGAUACUCCAUCUCCUCUUGCAAUGUCUUCCUGCAAUGAUGGCUUGACUUUUCUGGUUAAUGUAGAAACUAUAUAGUCUCAGUUCACCUCACCAUAAUUGAUUGUGAUUUAUGUUAGGUGGUGGAAUUUCAUGCAAACACCACAUGUUUUAAUCAUAUUCAUCUUAAAAACACAAAGUUAUAUCAUAUAAAUUACAUCACACUUACAUUACACUUAAGUAAAUGUAAAGAGGAGGAACAUUCAAAGAUUUCCCGCAAUCCCUAAGGUCUGAUGAGGAGAAGUCUGUUGUGUACUAAAAUCUGCGACAUACAGAUCUAUCAGAAUAGUGAGUGCAGUUAGCUCGUUUGUUUAUGGUGUUUGUUAGCUUAUUAGCUUGUAACUGGCAAUGGCUGUAACAGCAUUAGUAGUUAUGUGAAAGCAAACUCUCACUCUCUGUACUGUCAAGUCCACUCUGCACUGGAGGUUUCAGGUUUCUUUUGCACUUCCCCUUGCAGGAGAUUGGUUCUUGGGUAUGUAUGAAACCCAGACUGUUUCAAUCCAUGUUUUUGAAUCAUGAGAAAUACUCAAGGCAAAUAUAAUGGUUCACAAUGAUGUGGGGUGAGAAGCCUUUUGUUGUUGUUGUUGUUGUUGUUGUUGUUGUAAACCUAUUUUCUCCUGUUUAUGCUAGGGAGUUAGAUAAGUUCCUUAUAUUUUUAUUGUUUGUUUUUUGUUUAUUAUUUUAGGUUGUGCUCACCCUGAUGCCAAUUUUACCUGUGAUGAAAUAAAUCAGUCUUCUGCAGUUUCUGGACUGCAGUCAGCUGUGGCAGUGGUUAUCCUGUCACUUUUAUGCUUUGCUCAGGUUUCACCCUAGGCUGGGCAUAACACCAGAGAAUGCAGAUGUUUUACCAUUAGUCGAGAAGUACCUGUGUGUGUUCAUCUAAUCUCCGUUCUCCUUAAAACUCUGCAAAGAGUCAAGUCAAAACAAAACAAAUAUAUGGAGAAAAAAAAUCAUACUGCGCUGCCCCAGAGGCUUGUAAUAUUAAGCAGGAUUUGAGGUUAGUCAUAUAACUUUAGGUUUAACUCUGAGUUUUCAGGGUUACGACAGUGGGAUAGAAGGUAAAUCACUAUGGUAACUUAUGCAGAACAGCUAACCUGCUCCAGGGCAGGUUAACUUCAGAGGAUCAGAUCACUGGAAAACUAGAGUCAUCAUUCCUACAGGACCUCGACAGGGACAAAAGAAUUUUGACAAAUGCUAAAGAUCAACAGAUACUUUUAUAGAUCAGUGGAAUCAGUUUGGUGCUCCAGUAUUUUAUGUCCACAUUAUUUUAUGUCAAUCAUUCAGUCGUUUUUCCACUUAUUUACAAUAAGUCCUCAGCCUGACUUUAGUAAUUAGAAAUUAUUUCUCGUGUUUCUAUUCUACUCAUGUGAUCAUAUUGUUCACAUUUCACCUUGUUAAAUGUCACUUUUGGAUGUCACUAAAAAACAAACCACCAUGCAGCUGUCAGCAUUACUUCUCAUAUCAUAUUAGGUUCCUUACUCAUGGUUCCGACAACACUGCUUUUAAUUCCGCCUCUUUCACAUGAACGUUCUUGGGAAAUCCUGGGUUGAUUUAACAAGUUGAUAACCAGCAUCAUACGACCACUUAGCCACACUGUGGUUGUUAGGUUUAGUGAAGCCAGAUAAUGAAAAUAUAUCCUGGAUCUGCUGAACUUCAUAGUACAGGCCUCUGGUGAUCUGUAAACAGAAAACAGAGACAACAGUAAGACACACACAUACACACACUUAUGCACAGACCUUUAUCCAUCUAACUGAAAGAGGCAACAAGGGUGUGGCUGAGGAUGAACACAACAACAGUUAAACAUGGACUGUUUGGACUGUGUGUUCGUGUUCAGACUGGUCAUUUACCUAAAAAAAAAAACAGAAACCUUUGGCAGUGAUUGUCCAGUCAGUGAGACAUGAGGUGGUCCAACCAAGCCACUUAAAUAUAAAUAAAUAUAAACAUAAAAUAUAACGUUGUAUUAUGUAAUGUAUAUGUAUAUACUGUAUAAUGAUCAGCUGUAUUCAUUGAAAAGACACCCAGCCUUUCAUUAAAUACUACACUUAUCUCUUGGUAAUUUGUCCAAAGCCAGCAAAGCUUACUGUGUCAGUGAUAAAACUAAAGCCAGUGGACAAAGAGUAAAGAAUUAGACAGAUAUCAUUGGAAGGGACUUUUUUUUGUCUUUUACAAAGUGGAGCUACCUUUUUACCAUUUAAUUUUCAUGCUGCAGCACACUGGCUGGUGUUUUGCAUACAGUUAGAGCGCAGCCUCGAAGGGCAACAACUCACAGUACAGUCAACAGUCUCCUGUAGGCUCUGUAGGAAACACUAAUUCUAUAUAUCCAGUCCAUAUCAUCUGACAGUAUUAAAAGAUUUAUCAGCAAAAGGAAUAUCUACACUUACACAGAUGGAUAUUUUGAAUAUUGUGAGUUCUUUGACUUGAAUUUCUGCCUAAUAGCUUAGUAUUAUGUAAACUUGACUCCAGUGAGUCUUGAGCACCACUUUAAAGGAGCAGUAGCAUUUGGUUUCUCUAUUAAACAAUUAGAAUAUUGUAACAUCUCCUUGACAACAUCUGACAGACAAAAUGGAAGGGUUCAUGUGCACCACAUAUUUUUUUUUCACAUGUAUGAAAGUGUUGUAAUGCUCCUGUACUUUCUUCUUCAGUGAACCAAUAUCAGCAAUAUUGUCAAUGUUUACUGUGUGAGACAUACACCACAUAAACGGCUAAAUGUAGCUGUAAGGCAGGCACAAGUCUGUUUGUACUGCUGUACAGUACUUGAAGUGACCUCUAUUGGUAUUUGCAUGAUGGGGUUUAGGCUCAGGCUACACUUGUAUUUGCCAUGCAGAGUUCAGUGAAAUCAGAUGAAGAUGCGAUUUAUUUUCCUCUGAAGUAUACACUGACUGUGCUGACAAUUAGACAAGGCUAAGCAGUUUACUUUCACAAUUUGUCACUGUUCAUUAGCAGAAAUCUCAAUCUCAACAUAAAAAUAAUACAUUAACAAGUAAUAUACUGUAAACAAGGUGGAGAUGUGGCAGUUUCGGUUUGAAUCCAUCCGUUUAUUUUCUGUAUGACCUUUUCUGUUCAGGGUGGCAGGGGCUGCCGUCCCAGCAUGCACUGGGUGAGUGGCAGGGAGUAACACAACAGGAUAUGUGGAAUUAUGUAAACAACACAGUCAAUGGACAGCAAGUGCUUGACAUCUUUUCAAAGUGUGUGAAUGGCCUUUGUGUGUAUUUUUAGAAGCCCUGUAAUCCCACCAUACAAUUGCAACAGAAAGAAAAGAAAAGAAAUAGAAAGAGCUGAUUUACCUAGCAGUUAAAGCUGUGGCUCCUCUGUGCUUGCUCCUGUUACUCAGACCGUGCCCUUUGUCUGGGGCCAGGGCUUGGUCUGGGGCCAAAUUUUGCAUGUCAAGGGCCACUUGAAUGCGAAGCUCCCCGGAUUCUCACUACCUGACAUGCAAAACCAGUGGGGGACCAGUUAAAAUGGCGCACGCGCACAGUCAACACAGGUGUACUCCAGUCAAAACACAGACUGCCUUUUACUGCCCACCCUACAGAGCUCUGAGAACUCACCACUGCUAAUAGAUCAAGUAGAUCAGUAGGAGAAAAAGAUGCCCAGGUCUUUCCUUAUUAAAAAGAAACGUGGGGCAUGUGGAGCAUGGCAAUGGAAAGAACCAGAGCAGCACGAGUGGAAAGAAGAUAAUACAGAAGUGAGUGAAAAUGCUAAGGAGCAGAUAUCCUGCUGUCCUGACACCCAACAGCCUGCCACUGUGUCCCAGCCACAGGCCAUUUUAGGAUAUGAGACACCAGCAAGAAUGAGAGCGCAAGUGCAAUUGGCAGGAUCAGGAGGUUCAGGGUCUGAUGCCAGGCUGGACUGGUCCACACUGAUACUCCAGGGCUCCUUCUACCAUCCCAGUACUCUGGCGCUGGUCAGCAGAGCAAAGCCCCGUGCCCGUACUUCCCCAGGCUCAGGCGACUUUGUGUGCUCAGUGUGCCACAAGAUAUUCCCUCUGCAGCGCAUGUUGACCCGCCACCUGAAGUGCCACAGCCUGGUGAAGAGACAUCCUUGUCGAUUCUGUGGCAAAGGAUUCAACGAUACCUUUGACCUCAAAAGGCAUAUGCGAACACACACAGGUAUCCGUCCCUACAAGUGUGAGCUGUGCGAGAAAGCCUUCACACAGCGCUGCUCUCUGGAGUCCCACAUGAGGAAGAUUCACGGCGUUCACCAACAGUAUGCCUACCGCCAGAGACGCUCCAAGAUCUUUGUGUGUGAGGAUUGUGGUUACACCUCAAGCCGCCCUGAUGAGUAUUUCCUCCAUGUGAGACAGUGCCACCCUGGCAGUCCCGCCCUCCGCCGGUACUACCGCCGCCAGGCCCAUGAGAACAGCAGCUUUGCAUCAGCAGACCGUAAACUCAAUCCUUAUUUGCUCUACUCAAACCCUGCAUACUACAUGUAGGCCUUGCUCAGAUUCUUGACUACACUGUGUUGUAGCUGUACCAUAAGCCAUUCAUAAAUGAAAAUAAAGUUUUAAUGACAUUGUCAACUGUGUAACAUAUAGACCAUCAAUGUAUGUACCCUUGAGUUUACGCCUUCUGUGUUCAUUCAUUAGUUUCUGUUUCCAACAACAGUUUUUAAUUAGCACUAGUUCUUAUACCUGUUUUAUUUACUCAUAGUUAUGACUUUUUUGUCAUGUCUGUACUUUAAAAAUAAAAAUAAAGGAUAAAAACUUAUCUAGUAAA